AUAUAUAUAUAUAUUUAUAUUUAUUAUAUAUAUAUAUAUAUUCUUACACACACACAUUAUAUUUCCUUUUUCCUUUAUUUUUUUUUUUUUAAAAAAAAAAAUAGUUUUUCUUUUCCUUUAAAGGAAUAAAAUUUGAAACAUAUUUUUUUUUUAUCAAUAACUUCGGAAUAAAUAAAAUAAGAAAAAAUGUCGACAGCAACAUCAUCAAGAAUGACUUCAACAAUUCCACAAAAUUCUCCUUAUCCACAAAACGCUGGAUUUCCACAAAAUACGUAUCCACAAAAUUCAUUUUCAUCAUAUUCACAAAUCCCAAGAAAUCUACCGCAUCAACAAAAUCAAUAUCAUCAAUCCGUUAUGCAAGUUCAAGAACAUUCAUCAUCAUCAUCAUCCUAUUCAUCAUCUUCUCCCUCAACUUCAUCACCAGCAUCAGCAUCAUUUCCAUUAAGCGCACUUCCACCUUCAUUCGAACAUAGUCAUUUAAUAGACGGCAUUCCUGUAACAUACAUUCUCGAAAAAUUACAUUUAUUAGGUCCAACUUAUUAUAAUGAUAAAAAAACUGCUUAUGCUGAACUUCAUAUUGAUUCUCUUCCUAAUACUUUUUUCGUUCAUAAAGAAUAUCUUAUACUUCAAUCAAUCUUUUUUCGUCAAAUAUUUGAAAGAGUAAAAAUUGGUGAUUGUAUAACAAUCACUCUUCCUACCGCUCCUGAAACUUUUCAACCUAUAUUGGAAUAUUUAUAUACUGGUGAUGAAGACAAAUGGUAUGAUACUAUGACUAUAGAGAAUUGGUCAAAUAUUUAUAAGAAUGUCCAAUUUCUUGGAUUAUGUUCUGAAGCUAAAGCUGUUUGUAUGACUUUCUAUGAAAAUGAAAUUGAACCUACUUUACAUGAUGAAACUGAUUGGUACACGCCACAUAUUAAUGUGGCUAAGUAACUAUCUCUAUUUUACUUUAUUUUUAUAAUUAGUUAUUAGUUUGUACAGAUUAUUUUAAUUUUAUGUAUAUUACAAUCUUUAAUUUCUUACUUAUUCAAAAAAAAAAAAAAAAAAAUGUAAUUUAUUUGACA